UCGAAACCAUGUUUACCAUGAGAAGGUUAAUUGCAAUCUUAUCGAUAUAUUUGCAAACGAUUAAAGCUGGAGUCUCUGAGGAGCAGAAAUGUUUGGAAUUAUCAUUGAUGGAAAAAGUGUGCGAGAAUCCAGCACCUUUCAACAUAUCAGCGUGCUCACAAGAUUUAAACUUUACCACUUUUUGUUCUAACGAAUUAAAGCCCCACACUGAAUCAUCAAAACCUUUCUUCACGGAGUGUCCGGGAUACUUAGGGAUUUUCUAUGUGGAAACACAUUUAUCAAAAAUAAAAGUCACUUGGCCAAGAGUGGUAGCGAUCAACGGGGAUGGCACAAAUUUGCAGGUACAACGCAUUUUGGGACCAGCAAAUGGAACAGAAUUUGGACAAGGACAACAUCAAAUCCUUUAUAGAGCAAUCAAUUCCUUUGGAAGAGAAGACUGUUCGAUUAUAUUUGCCGUAAGAAGUCGCUGUAUUGAAUUACCUUCUCCAGUAAAUGGACAAUUUUCUUGUACAGACAACUAUGGAGAAGGUUCAAUGUGCUUGUUGAAAUGCUUCAAAGACUUCAGACCCAAUGUGUUGCUACCAGUUUCCUGUGAAUAUCAGGGAACAAUGCAUUGGUCUCCCACGCUGACGAAUGUAAAAUGCAAAGAUGUUUGUCGACCCAUUAUUGUAAAAUGUCCAACAAAAGUAAUUGCUAUCGCAGACUCCAGAUCAAUUAGGACAACCGUCACCUGGGAUCCUAUUACAGUCGUGGACAAUGAUAAUAUUGGAUCAAUGAAUAGCUCAACAGGAAAUGUGUCCAGUGGAAGGUUUCCAGUAGGAAAUUCCACUGUUUAUUACUACGUAUCGGAUUACUCUGGUAAUACAGAACACUGUACGUUUGGAGUCACUGUUGAAAAGUUGACAUGCCUUGAAACAGUGAUCAAAAAUAUUUGUGAUCGAUCUAUUAACAGUUGCUAUGAUGUUUUUCGACGUCUGGUUUGCUCUGUUAAUUGUAACGAUGACGGGCUAGUUGAACUCCACUGUCCUUCCCAGGGUCUACCCAAUGAAAUGUGGGACGUGAUGAGAAUGAAGACUGUUUCUUGUUCAGGUUAUCUUGUUAAGAUGCGAAGCAGAAACAGUUAUAUUCUUCUUCCCGCCAAAGGAGAACCUCACACAACUCUUAUUCUGUCACUUAGUUUUCGUGUUAUGACAACGCAAGGGAACAGUAUUCUGCUAAUUCGAGGAGAGAAAGAAUUCACAACUGAAAGAAUUCUAAACAUAUCUUUAUCCUUUUAUGACCCGCAACGCAAAAAUUUCAAUUUACAUAUUACUUUUCAAAAUAAAACACUGGACAUCACAGAAAAUGUUGUUGGAGUAUGGAACAAUUUGAGAAUGCUGUUCAGAGGCAAUGGUACUUCUUGGAUUCUCAACAUUAAUCAAACUGUUGGAAGUAAAUUUCGCAGUUAUGACAUGAACGGACCAUCAUCAUUGAGGGAUGAAUUUUAUGCUGUGUUUGGGAAAUACUUCACUGCUGAAUUUCCUAAAGAUCAGGAGGGAUUAGAACUUUGCGGUUUCCAAAUAAUCAACAAAGUUUCCGGGAAUAUAAUGAACUCGCUGUGGCCAGAAGAAAUCGAAAAUUUUAAAGAUGUUCACUUUUCUACGCCUACAUUCAAUGUAUUGCGUAUAAAUGACGGCGACAGAACAUGUAGGGCAUCAAGAAACUGCUCAUCACCAGAAUGUAAAUGUUCAUCAGGAUUCAGUGGGGAACAGUGUGAGAUACCUCCAAGUAUCUGUGUAUCAGGCCUGUGUAAAAACCAGGGUCAAUGUAAUGAUAUCGGAAACAAUUCAUUUGUAUGUAUCUGCAGAAAAGGCUUUGAGGGGCUCUUUUGUGAAAAAGAAACCAAGAAAGUUUGUCCCGAGUUUUAUCAUCAAGAAGAGACUGUGAUAACCUGCAACAAAGAUUACACAGAUGAAAUUUGCAAGGUCGCAUGCAAAUCCGGGCGAGUUCGAGUUGACGAAUUUCGUCAACAUUCUACCUACAUGUGUGGGGCAUCAACAAGUCAUAAAUGGGUUUUGUUGACAAGCAAACAUCCAAUCACAGAUAACCAGGCUCCAAUUUGUGCACAGACAGACUGGAUUAUACCCAGAUCAUUGAAAUCAGACAUAACGGUAAAGUUUAAGAACAUAAAAUGCGACCAAAUUCAGAACAGACCGUGUGAAGAUUGGUGCAAUAUCAAAAUAGACGUCAAAGACUGCCAGAACCAAAAUAACACAGUAAUCAGAACAUACUCCCUAAAAAUCAACCUGACAGAGGGCAUGAACGGAGCAGAUGGAAAGCUUGGUGUUGAGGAUUUUUAUGAAAAGGGAACGGUCUCCAACGCGCUGCUAAGUUUGGUUCGUAGUUACUAUGGAAUGGAAUCAAAGCUUUUGGAGCUGAGAAAAGUGGUAGUAACUUCCCUUGAUCAAGACCGACGUAAAAGGAGCUCCGAUUCGCUACAGCAGAAUCUCGUUGAAGUGCACGGAAUCAUUGUAUAUAUAACCGCUGAAACCAUUUGUGGAGAAGGAAGUUUUAACCACUUUGGAAAUUGUGCAUAUUGCCCAGCGGGUUCAUAUCAAGUUGGUGAUAGAUGUCAAUGGUGUGCACCAGGAUAUUACCAAAGUUUUGUUGGUCAGACAAAUUGUAUACUUUGUCCUCAGGGACAUAUUUCAACUGUCGGAAGCAAUACUAUCCAACAAUGUUAUGUUCCUGGUGCUCAAAGCAACGAGGAAGAAGAAGGUCUCAACGAGGAAGAAGGUCUCUCAACAGUGGAAACCAUUUUUAGUAUUAUUGGUUCAGUCAUCACAGCUAUAGGUUUUGUAGGAGCAGUGAUAAAGUGUAUCAGAAACCAGCACUAUCUAGAGAAAAUUCGUUCCUGGUGCUCAAAGCAAUUAGAAAGAAUGUCUCUCAGUUGAAGCCAUUUUUAGUAUUGUUUCUGCAGUCAUCGCAAUCCUACGUCUUGUAGGAGCAGUGAUAAAGUGUAUCAGAAACAAACACUAGCACAAAGUAAACAAAAAUAAAUACCCAUUGUUUGUAUUAUUCAAUAGCACACAUGUGCAAGGAAUGUAAAAUGCUACUAUAUUUUAACGAAUACUUUGAAAAUUUCACGAGAAUUAAACGCGUUCAAAUGUGUGAUUAUUUUAUAUUCAUUCAUAUUUUCAUGGGACAGACACGACCUUAUAGUACGCUUCUUCAAUACUGAAUGCGUACAAACUCGUACAAAGUGAAACACAUUUAAGCAUUACAUGUACUCAGAAAAUCAAAAGUUUUAUAGCGAAGAUUAUGAUUCGAAAUUAA